CUCAUCUGACCGCUGAGGACUCCUGCUAUGGAUGGACUCCCAUUCACUGGGCUGCUCACUAUGGACAGGUCUCUUCCCACCGUAGGAGCACAUAAAUCGCUAGUGAGCAUUCGUAUUUUAGUUUAUUUUAAAUGGAAAAUACAAAAACAAAAACAUUGGAAGGUGGUGUCUGGAAUAUUGACCUGAGAAAUGUCAAACCUCUGGAUUGCUGUGUAUUUACACUGUAAAUGUUGCUUUGACAAGAUAAAGAGGUUGAACACAACAACAGCUGAACCUCCAGGCGUCCCAUGUUAAGACUAAACCUUAAACCAGGAGGUGCCGUCCCGAAUGCAGCUUUUUAGGAUUCSUACAUGUCACUGUCUGAUGUUGUGUUCGAUCAGCUGGAGUGCGUGGUGCACCUGGUGCAGAUGGGGUGUGAGGUGAACACGGUGACAAGCCGCUUCAACCAGACGCCAACUCACACUGCCGCGUUUGGAGGGCACCCUCACUGUGUGGUGUGGCUCACUCAGGCCGGCGCCGACAUUAACAGACAGGACUGUGUCGGUGAGGCUCCCAUUCACAAGGCGGCUCGCUCCGGAAGCUUGGAGUGUGUUCAGGUCCUGUUGAUAGCCGGAGCAGAACCACACUUAAGGAAUGCCAGUGGACAGACGGCAGCUGACCUUGCCCAAGCUCACGGAUUUCAUGACUGCUUUUGCAUCAUCUCCAAUGCCCAGACACAUCUGGUCCAGCUUCGUGUGCUCCGAGAUUGCGCCCCCUGUGGGCAGGGACAGCACUGCAGGAAGAGGCAGCUGACUCAAAAGGAGAACCAUCACAUGAAGAAGGCCCGGAGAGCAGAGGUGUUGGUGCAGAGUAGCAUUGGUGAUGAGGUGGAGACCAUGAGCAUGGAGCUGAGCUCAGAUGCAAACACCAAAGCGUUCCUCGGCGUACAUCAGCUCACCCCUCCCUCUGAGAACACCCAACUAGACGAACGCCGCCACUCUCUGCCCAGUCCAGCUGAAAUGUGCGGCUCGCUGCACCUGAUCGGCAGUCCCGGCAGCUCUGGCUCUAACCGGCCGGAACAUUGGCGCCUGACAGGAGCCGACUGCGGGGACUCGCUGCUCUACGGACACUACCACGGCUUUGGAGACACGGCCGAAGACCUGAGUGACAGCGGCUGCAGGCAGCCUCUGGCCAGCGCCGUCCACCUCUGCCACGGCUCAUAAAUGAAGCUGGCGAGACGCCGUUAGGCUGAGUCACAGCACCAAGACCUCAGGAACUUUGGUGCUGAAUAGAGUUCAGGAGGUCAAACUCAUGAGUCAGGAAAUGAAACUUCUUCACUGUCCUGACGUCUUAAUUGUUCUUGUUUGUUUUCCCCAAUGUUUCAGACUUAAGAAUGGUCCUAAGAUUCAGCUUGGUCUGCUUUUAACGGACAAUUUGGCAAAUAAGUCUGUGGAGAGACGUGAAACACUCCAAAGAAUGGCCCAUGCUACUGGUCCAGUCAGGAGAAUGGUACCAGAACAAACUUGAUUUUCAUGUUUAAAGCCACUUUGUACAGAACGGACACAACGUGACCCAGACAUGAUCUGAGACAUUCUGAAUCAAGUUGAACCUUCAAAACAAACUAAAUUGAUAUCAAACAUUUGUGCAGCUAAAUUUUUCGUUUUGCUGCAAUCAUUUUUACGUUUCCAGAGGUCAGACAAGGUCAACCAGCCCCUCCCAUAUUUAUGAUAUCAAACUAAUUUGAAAUCAAACUGUGCUACUUUGUGCUGCUAAACUUUUCCUCCACAAAUGUUUAUUUGGGUAAUGUGGAGGGGGACCGGUUGAACUUUUGACCAUUUAAACUUUCAUCAGUAUCUUUAAAAUAAAAGCAGCACAAAGAUUUGAUGGCAAUUUUGCUUGAUUUGAAGAGCGUCUACUUCAUUCAAGUAGAUGUUCUUCUUAGGCCUGGAAAACUAUAGAAUUGGGAUCUCAGUAUUUUUCAGAUCUCCAAGUAUGGAGAAGGAAAAUGAGCAUGUAAAAAAUAUUUCUUUUUCCAGACAUUAUUCUCCAUCAUACUGUCUAAACAUUCUUUUUUCUUCCCUGUAUCUUACUUUAUACAUUCAUAAUUUUUUCUCUCUGUACUUGUCCAUAAUUUGUGCCUUCAUUCCUUCAGUUGCCUCCUGAUGUCCUUCUGUUCUAUCGCCCUUACAUCUCUCGUUACUUUUUUUUGUUCCUACCCUUUUCUUUGUGAUUUGUCCCUUUAUUGGAGCUUUGUCUCCACCUUUCUUUGGUUCUGUAUUUAGUUUUUUUUUUAUAUAUACAUUUAAGGUGCUUGGAAAAUAAUCUAAAGAGCUGGAAGUUCUUGGAAAGCAUGGAACAUCGACAUGAGCAACUUGCAAGUUGCCAGGUUGGUUGCGGUAGCUCCUGUAAAACUGACGGUUCCUACCUGCCACCUCAUGUGGUGUAUUCACGUUUACACCGUUGCUACUUUGCACUAUGAGGGGUGACCAGAUGACCCCCCUCUGUCCAUCACCAUGAGGAUCUGCUGCACUGAAACUAAACUGAAGUCCUCGAUGUACCAAAGGGAACAUUUUGUACCGCGUUGUGAUUCUGUCUCCAGGGACUUAAUCCAAACUUAUUUAUGUUUUACAGAAGGGGAACCUUGUGCUAAAAGGACAAGCCAUGUCAGGUGUGUUGUCACAACUGCCUUACACCAGCAACAUUGCUCUUCAGAGCUAGUUUUCUAUUUUGUCCUGAUCUUUCCUAAUAAAACCAGUUUUACACAUAACA